AGGAAGGAAAUUGUUUGUUUUGUGUUUUCUUGGUUUUCUUAGAAAUUUUAAAAGAAAAUAUCCGAAAAAUAUUAUAAUACUGUAUGAAAAUAAAUUAUAAAAUAUAUAGAUUUUGAAACUAAUGUAAAUAAUGAAUCAUUGAUAUGUAAUAAAGUUGAGAAUAACUUUGUUUAAAUGAUACGACACAUCGGAUGACAAGUGGUGAUAAAUGACAAUUAUUUAAUUUAUUCUCUUUUCAUCAAUGAUUUUAAGGACUUUAAGUUAAAUUGUUUCCUCUGGGUGAUCGACAUUUUCCUAUAUCUCAGUUUUUAAUUAAUUUAUGACAAUGAUUGGAAUGCGAAUGAAUGCAUUUAAUGAUGCGGGUAUUGGAGAACCAGAACAAGAUGCAAAUUCAGCUCUCAUAGAGCUAGAUAAAGGAUUACGUUCUAACAAAAUUGGAGAACAAUGUGAAGCAAUAGUUCGGUUCCCUAGACUUUUUGAAAAAUACCCUUUUCCAAUUUUGAUAAACUCCCUCCUCUUGAAACUGGCCGAUGUAUUUCGCAUGGGAAGCAAUUUUUUAAGAGUUUGGGUUCUAAGAGUCUGUCAGCAAAGUGAAAAACAUUUAGACAAAAUAUUAAAUGUUGAUGAAUUUGUCAGACGGAUAUACAGCGUUAUACACUCCAAUGAUCCAGUUGCCAGAGCACUCACUCUCCGAACUUUAGGCAGCAUCGCAGGCAUAAUUCCUGAACGCCAACAGGUUCAUCAUAGUAUUCGUAGAUCUCUAGACUCUCAUGACUCUGUUGAAGUUGAGGCUGCAAUUUAUGCAGCUCAAAUGUUUGCUGCACAAUCUAAAUUAUUUGCCGUUUCAAUGUGCAGCAAAAUCUCUGACAUGAUUAGAGGACAAGCAACUCCUGCUUCUAUGAAACUGCAACUUAUACCAAUUUUGCAAUAUAUGCAUCACGAUACUUCAACUGCUUCAAUGGUAAAUGAAUUAUGUAUGGAACUACUGGGAAGUUACCCAGCAGUGGAAUUUGUGAGAGUAACUCUCAGUGCAUUGACGACUCUAGCUUCUGCAACUUUAAUAGACGUUCCUGGUCAAGUGGCUCUGCUUUUAAAAUAUUUGCAUGAUGAUCCACGGUUAUCCAUUAAAAGACACGCGCUUCAUCAACUACAUUCUUUGGCUCAAAAAGGAGCUCAUCUUUGGCCUCAAGGCGCUCUUACGAAUUUAGUCGAUAGUACAACAAUACUUUUACAAGAAGGGACGGCAAAUUCUGAUCUUUUGGUCAGAACAUUAGACGUAAUAGAGGUUUUAAGCCAGAGCGCAAUAACUUGUGAUGCUAACAGACUAGAAGACAGUCCUCUUUUAUCUCUUUGCCUGAACGCUUGUUAUUCACCGGAUCCUAUUGUUGCUGUCAAAGCUGUUACAAUUCUCGCUAGAAUUGCUUGUUACUGCUAUGAAGAAGAUUUGCAAGAUUCAACAGCACUUUCAAAUACAAGAAUAGAGGAAGUAAUUUCUUGUCUCGAGUCCCUAAUUAUGCUAUUGGCGCUCGAUGAUAAAUACUUGUAUCAAUUAAAAGUUUGUUUACACUCAACAGUGAAACUUUGUCAAGCACAUCGCAAUCAUUGUCCCGAAUUUGUCGAUGCAAUUGGUUCUACCUUGAUUAGUGAGAAUUCAGAAAAUCGACAAAGUGAUAAUCAAACCAUCGCAUUGUGUGAAGCUUUAGGUGCCAUUGGAAGUCUUGGAGAAAAUAUUCUUCUUCCUCUUCUUCCAGAUAUUUUAGUGAAAUUAAGACAAACCACACACGCUCAUAUAAAGUCAAUGCUUUGUACUCUUCUUUUCCAAAUAAUCGCUUGCGGUCACGAGUGGAAUGUCGAGUGUUUAGAGGAAAUAGAAAAUGUCAUAAAGAACGUCGAUGGUUGGACAAAAUAUCGAAUUGGACGGAGUGCUGCAAGAUAUGGACAUCAUGAAAUUGCUACUCGUAUUUUUAAAGAAUUGAAAGAAGCCGUUGCCUCGGAACAAUUGCAUUUUUGGCUUUCUGGAUUGGAACUUGUGACAAAUGCCGAAGCUCAUUUAAUGGAAGAAAUGUGCGAAAGUGAAUCCAAAAGUAGUAUUGUGGAAAAACUGAACGGAGCGAUUUCACGUUAUGCGAGCGCUUGCGCUUCUUUGAAAGCUGCCAGUACUCCUCUUCGAAGUCUUCACUUCCGAAGUGAAUAUGCAAAGCUUCGCUGUGAAUUUCUCCAGGCUUUAGUGCAACUUUUGCAUGCUUGCAGAUGUUUGUGCACUGCACCUCCAUACGCAAUCGCAGGUCAUGAAGCUUUAACAGUUAAAGACGAUCUCCAAAGAUAUGGUCGAGUUACCUUCCAACUUAGAAAAUCUGUUCAAGAAUUUAAAAAUUGUGCCGAAAAUUACCAGAAACUUUAUGAAUCUGCUUUUGAUGCUGACCCAGAAUCUCUUGACAACAUUCGAGCUCUUCAAGAUAUGUGUCAAUUAAUGGCAAAUAGUGUAGAGCGUGUUUGUGGAAAACCUACCGUAUUUAACAUCUAUCAACCGAAUGAGGGUGAAUUUAAUUUUGGUACUACGGUAGAAAUGCGUCAACUUUCUCGAUGCUGCUCAAAACUGAGACAAUUGGCGCCCUCGAAUGAAUUGAAUCAAGUUGCGGGAAUAACUCACUUGAGAGUGAACUGUCUUAUAUCCCAGGUGUCUCUAUUGGCUGUGGGAAAAAUGAGACUUCCAAUACCUCGAUAUUUUUUCCAGUCUCUGCAAAUGACAAGUGUCAAAUUGUCAGUGUCGCCACAACCUCGAGUUUUAGGCGAACCCGUCUCUGUUCCCCAGGGAAGUCAAUUGGCUUUAAAAGUGGAAGGUGUAUUGAGACAUGGACCCAAACCUUAUCUGUUUCGUUCCGUCAGUGCUGUUCGUAUUUCGAUUUCCUCUACGCCUCCCUCGAAAAUUAAUUCGGACCAAAAGGAUUCAAAUAUCAAUGAGUUGCAACAAACGGUAAUACCUCACAGAGAUUUCUUCGCCUGUGAAUUUCUCUUAUCGCUCGGUAGCCCCGUUGCAAACGCAAAUAGUUGUACGAGCAAUUCAGGAGGUGGUGGAAAUUACCAAGUGACUGCGAGUGCAAGUUUGAUUGACAAAAGUGGCAACAUUUGGAAAUGUGGACCCCGAUCGACACUUCAAGUUAGAGUCCACGAAGAACCGACGAAACGAAAGAUACCUUGACUUCGAGGUUUAAAUCACUUUGGAUUCGGCAUAUGAUAAACAGUAGAUAGGUAUGAAUUAUAAUCAAAUAAAAAUAUUAGGUAUAAUUAACAGCACAGUCAUGUCGAUCUGACACAAAAUAUUCAUUUUCGUGUCACUUGACUUGAAUUUAGUUUUUUAGUUUAAAAAUAAAAACAUUUUAAUCUUGGUACGGACGUCGUAAAUUUUAGUUAUUGGUUCAAAAUUGAUAACAAACGCCUUUUUUGUUUUAAAUUUUAUUCGUAUAAAAUAUUUAUAUUUAUAUACAAUAUAGCAAAAUGGAAUGUAUAUGAACUUCAACUUGUGCAUCAUUGUACAAGUUUUAAACUGAAAUUCACAAUUCGAAUGUUUAUAAUUCUGUAUUUACAAUUUACAUACUUUUAUAAAAAAUUGAAUAUUUCUACAAUU